UUGGUUGAAGCAAUCGCGAUAAACAUGGAAAUGGUCUCCAAUGGUGAUAUGAUAUGUAGCUGCAGCAGAUUAUAGCCUUCAUCAUGGAAGAAAAACAAAUGUAGCCACGGGUUGCAAACCCGAUGCUAGUUUUGCGUGCACGCGUAUCAUUGAAUGAAGCCUGUCUACAGUAUGAAUUUGAUAUUUACAGUGGAGGCAAUUUAGCUGUCUGUCAAUUGGGCUGCUAGCUAGUGAAGGGCCAGGUUAGCUCGAUGCUUAAUGCUAACUCGUUUAUUGUAUAGUUGAGGUUAGGAAUCAGGCUAGUUGACGCUACCAAUUUCACACAUCCAAAAUAAUAGUGGAACAUCUGCGUGUUAUCAAUGCCUUUCUGAAGAAAGAAGAAAUAGCUAGCUAAACCAGCUAGCAUCUGAGAAGGUAUUGGAUUCAUAUUUCACCCAAUUUCCUCCAUUUGAAGAAAAGCAAACUGGCUGAGAUGGAUGAACAAAGUGUUGAGAGUAUCGCGGAGGUGUUCCGCUGUUUCAUCUGUAUGGAGAAGCUGAGGGAUGCUCGGCUCUGCCCCCACUGCUCCAAACUCUGCUGCUUCAGCUGCAUACGGCGCUGGUUGACUGAGCAGAGAGCCCAAUGCCCACACUGUCGGGCACCACUGCAGCUGCGGGAGUUGGUGAACUGCCGCUGGGCUGAAGAGGUUACCCAGCAGCUGGACACCCUGCAGCUCUGCAAUCUCUCCAAACACGAGGAGAACGACAAGGACAAGUGUGAGAACCACCAUGAGAAACUCAGUGUGUUCUGCUGGACCUGUAAGAAGUGCAUCUGCCACCAAUGUGCUCUGUGGGGAGGCAUGCAUGGCGGCCACACCUUCAAGCCUCUGGCUGAGAUCUACGAGCAGCACGUGUCCAAGGUGAACGAGGAGGUGGCCAAGCUCCGCCGCCGCCUCAUGGAGCUCAUCAGCUUGGUGCAGGAGGUGGAGAGGAACGUGGAAGCAGUGCGAGGGGCCAAAGACGAGCGAGUGCGAGAGAUUCGUAAUGCAGUAGAGAUGAUGAUUGCCCGUCUCGACAACCAGCUCAAAAACAAACUCAUCACCCUCAUGGGUCAGAAGACCUCCCUCACCCAAGAGACUGAGCUACUGGAGUCUCUCCUGCAGGAGGUGGAACAUCAGCUGCGCUCCUGCAGUAAGAGCGAGUUGAUCUCCAAGAGCCCAGAGAUCCUGCUGAUGUUCCAGCAGGUUCACCGCAAGCCCAUGCAGUCCUUUGUCACCACUCCAGUCCCCCCCGACUUCACCAGUGAGCUGGUUCCUGCCUAUGACUCAAGCACUUUUGUUCUGGCCAACUUCAGCACCCUGAGACAGAGGGCAGAUCCCGUCUAUAGUCCCCCACUCCAGAUAUCUGGCAUCUGCUGGAGACUCAAGGUUUAUCCAGAUGGCAACGGUGUGGUGCGCGGCAACUAUCUGUCCGUUUUCUUGGAACUAUCUGCAGGACUCCCUGAAACCUCAAAAUAUGAGUACCGUGUGGAGAUGGUCCAUCAGGCCUCCAGUGACCCCACUAAGAACAUCAUCAGGGAGUUUGCAUCAGACUUUGAGGUGGGGGAGUGCUGGGGCUACAAUCGCUUCUUCAGACUGGACCUGUUGGCCAGCGAGGGCUACCUCAACAUGCAGACUGACACCCUGGUCCUCAGGUAUCAGGUGCGUUCGCCCACCUUCUUCCAGAAGUGCAGAGACCAGUACUGGUACAUCAGCCAGCUGGAGUCAGCCCAGUCCAGCUACAUCCAGCAGAUCAACAACCUCAAAGAGAGGCUGGCCAUUGAGCUGUUCCGUAGGCAAAAGUCUCGCAGCUCGUCCCCUCCUGACCGGCGCCUGGGCACCUCGACCUCGGAGAGAGACUCCCGCUCAGGGAAAGGUCCCGUGGCUGAGGAUGGCUGCCAGACCACUGCCACUGAGACCAAAGUGAAAGAGGAGGAGGAGGAGGAGGAGGAGAAGACCCAGCACGAUGACUCCAAUGAGCUGUCUGAUGGGGACUUGGAAGUGGACUGUCUGACGGGGGACGAGGAGGUGAACCCUCUGGACGGUAGCAGCACCUCGGGCAGCUCCACGGCAACGAGCAACACAGAGGAGAACGACAUCGACGAGGAGACCAUGUCUGGGGAGAAUGAUGUGGAGUUCAGUGGGAACCUGGAGAUGGAGGAGGGAGAACUGCCUGACGAUGUGGCAGGGGCAGCAGGAGGCUCUAACCAUGGGGCCAGGUGUCUGAGGCGUGGUGGAGGUCUCUCCUCCGUUGGCAGCAACAACAGUCUGCUGGAGAUUGACCCAGUCAUCCUCAUCCAGCUACUGGACCUGAAGGAACACAGCAACGUGGAGUCACUAUGGGGCCUUCAGCCCAGACCCCCUGCUUCCCUGUUGCACAGCCAAGUCCAAGUCCACUCCAGAAAGGAGCGGGGCGAGCGCCGGCCUCAGGCAGUGAGGAGGGGAGCCCCAGACUCAGGGGUCCUGAUCCGGCUCAAGGCCCAGAUGGCUGAGGUGCGCAGUAAGAUGACGGAUGUCAAGUUUCAGCUGGAGGCGCGGGGGGAGGCCAGGGUAGGACCCUCUGGCAGAGCCACAGGGGAACAGGGGCCCUCUUACCACGCAGACUCAGACCUGGGGCCCAGCAGAAAGUCCACAGAGCUGGAUCUGAUGGGGAAAGGACCUGGGGCCUCCAGACACUGUCGCUCUGGAGGGAAGAAGGCCUUGUCUCCCAAGCAGGAGGACAGCAGGCUGGGCCUGAGAAGAGCUACAGACGGAGUGGAGAAGGAGUCAAGAGGCCAGAGCGAUGAAGAGUUGUCCAGUGAUCAAAGCCUCUUCCCCAGGGACACCCCCAAUGGAUCAGAAGGAUCCCUGAAGCCACACAGCGUGCACAGCUCCCCUCCUUCUCUGGGCAGCUCAUCGUCAUGCUACGACAGCAAGCCCUGCAAUUCCAAACACGACCAGGAGCAGCUCUACGGGGCUGACCUGUACGCUCUGGGGGGCCUCAACGGCAUCUCCACCUCCACCAUAGCACGACCCAGGACCCAGCCCAUGGGGUCCGGCCUGCUGACGGACAGCUCUCUGGACUGUGACUUGGAGGAGACGGCUGAGGUCCGCCAGUCACUGCUCUCCCUGGCAGAGGGACCCUCUUCACGCCCUGAUGAAAGUCAUCUUGUCCAUAAGCAGACGGUGGUGCUGCUGCCAGGUAUGAGCAGUGACAGUGAGAUCGACUGUGACACGGAGAACGAAGAUGAGGUGGUGGCCCUGGAGGCUGGAGACUGCCGCUAUGAUGCCCAGGCACUGCCCUGUGCAGGGACCCAGUUGAACUCGGACGACCUGUGCUUCACCACAGGAGAGAACACAGAGAGGUGAUUCCCCUCCAACAUGGCCUCCACAGCCGGUCUAAACCGUGGCCAUCGCCAUAUGGGCACUGGAGAGCAGUGUAUAGAACUUUAAUGUACACAAGCACUUGUGUAGACACUUGCAUGCAGUCAUUCUAGUCACCGGCAACCCCAAAUGCAAUGAGAAUGCUACAACUCACUAAGUGAGCACCUUGAUGAUGACUGCAAAAUAUGUAAAUAUAUUUGAUCACUUUUAUUAAUCUCCAUUUAUAUUUAAAUGUAAAUUGGAUUAAAUAUGAGUUAGAAUGGGGCGAGGAACAAUAUAUUUGCGAGAGACAUUCUUUAGGCUGUCGUUGUGAAAGGUAAAAUAGUAACAUUUUAUAAUAUUUAACUAACCUCAUGGUUGAUGUUUGCAACGUCUAAAUACUCCGAUUGGGCUUUGGUCUGGACAUCGAUUGGGCUUUGGUCUGGACAUCGAUUGGGCUUUGGUCUGGACAUCGAUUGGGCUUUGGUCUGGACAUCGAUUGGGCUUUGGUCUGGACAUCGAUUGGGCUUUGGUCUGGACAUCGAUUGGGCUCUGGUGAAUUUUGAGAAUUAAGCACAGUACACCUGCUUCACAACAGAAAGAGAACCUUAAAAUCUCUCUGCCUUUCUGAUUCAAUGAGGUGCUAUUGAUGUGUUUGUGUGGAGGAGCACAGUUAGGCAGGCAUCACACAGUGCUGUAAUGAACACAUCAUUCUUGAAAACAGUCUGAACGAACGCCUUGAAGUGGACGCAUUUAGUACCUUUAUUCUUGUUUCACCAUUGAUUUAAAACUUGUUAGGAAGUCCCUUUCUGUGCAAAUCUUAUCAUUGCAAACUACUGUAUUUCGUCUGCUACUCCCGGUAGAUUGGCGUUGCUUGCCCCCCAAUCUUUCAGAACAAGAACCAGUUUUUCUGCUGUGUAGACACAUUGAAGGAUGUAUCAAUGGUACGUCCUUCUCUGGCAUAUGUAAGAGAUUGCUACCUUCUGAAUGUGUAUUGAGUAGUUUCUUAGUAGAAAAUUAGGCAUGACUCUUGUUCACCGUAGCGGAUUUUGCCCGAAUUGAUGAUUCACACUGACCUUUCUUGGUUGACAGUCUGGGCUUCAAGUGCUUUUUAACCUUGUCUCGUAAGUAAACAUCAAAGCUGAUGUACCUUAUCCGUACAUACAGGGUUCUUUCUUUCACCAGUAACUGUUUUCUGCAGCCCUUGUCAAGAUCAGCUCUGUAACAUAGGCAUGUAUGUAGGUGGUGUUUUUGAGUUUUCUGCGCUGCUAUCUUAACUCUUUUUCUGUAUUGUGUGCGCAACUCCUCCCAGUUCAGCUAUUCUGCUCGUCUUUGAAAAAUGGGUCCAUGCAAAUUCAUACAUUUUGACUUCUAUGAAGCAGAUAUAAUUUUGUUUUUCAACUUAGUCGAUUCCUUUUCAAAAAAUGGAUCCAAAUGUCACAUUCCGUCGUCUUGAUUCUAGAUUAUUUUAUUUUGCUUGUUUUCUGGGCAAAAUUUGACCAUAUUUGACCAUAUUUGGAAAGUCAUUUGUUUGACAGAGACAUGUGUAAAUAAGUGUUUGUUUUGUACAAAGGCUUCCCAACAGUGAUGUGAAGUGUUCUGUUCUUUAAAGCAUGUCAUGGAGCAAUUUUCUUUCAAUAUCCUUUUUUUCCCCAUCAGAGGGUGCCAUCUCUUCCUUGUAGUUGAGCUUUGCUGUGUGACCGUGGACCAUUUUAUUUACACAGUAACAUUUUAUUAUUUUCAACCCUUGAAAAGCAAUCUGACGACCACACUAGCAUCCACAUGGACAUCAUAGCAGAAACUGUACUCUUUGUACCAUGGAGAACAAUGAACACUGGCAAAGACUGUCUUCAUUGAAAUGUACACUGAAGAGGUGACCCAACUGAAUUUGUAAACAUUUCUAUCUCUUGAAAGGGAGAUGUGUAAGAUGUCUCAAAGUAUACUGGUGUGCAUUGACUAAUAAGGAAAUAUGUUCUAAAUGCCUGAAUGGAGAGCUCAGUGGUUUACACUAUAAAUAUCUUCCUUCAGCUGUAGGAUGCCUGAUGUUUACCCCCAGCUGCACAGCCUCCUAAUGUUCCAUCAUGUGUGCCUAAAACUGCAUGGCUUUAAUGGAGUUGAACAGGCAGACGGAGGGUGGACAAUAUGCUAUAAACCUCUUAUUGUGCCCUUGUAUAUACAGCUCCAGAUUCAUCCUGAUAUGGUCUAAUUGUAUCUAUUUCACUGUCAGUUCACUAUGCACAUUUCUGUUUGUGCCCAGGUUGUAGCUGUGUGUUUGUCUGAGUGGGAAAGGGCUGACUUAGGAAAGGUACUAGAAAGAGGGUGAUUUAGAUGGUUUCAAGUGUUCAUGCUUUCCUUUGUGUCUACCAUGAGUGUUUAUUUUAUAUUGUCCCAGAAUGCAGUGGGAUUUUUAUUUGUUGUGUAUGUGUCAUUUUUUUGUUGUAACUAAUAGAAUAUGACAUUUAACAAAUAAAAUAUUUUAUGGUUUCUUGAAA